AUGAGCGAGAUUCUCAGCGAGGAACACAACACCCGAUGGGAUGCAUCCCAUUAUCGUGUCAGAUGCAUGGGCCACAUCGUGAACUUGGCACAACAAGCAUUCAUUUGUGCUCUUAUCAGCAACACUGACAAUCUUGUGGAACCUCAUGAGAGUGAUACCAUGAAUGACAAUGAGAUCAACCUUACUGGCCUUGAGAUCCCCCUGGUGGAAGGUGCUAUAGUUGGGCCAUUGCUGACUCGUGUUCGUGCUCUAAUUUUUCAUAUCCUGUCAUAUCCAUCCCCAGCCAUUGACUUCCGGUCCCUCUGUUCCCUCCGGUCUAACUCCGCUCCUUCUUCACUAACCUCAGAGCUCCCGUAUUCCGCAAUCCUCUUGGUACCCCUCGAUGGUCACCACCCCCUCAUUUCAAUUUAUUACCUACGCCUCCCUAAGUACGGAGCCCCAAAGACUUCCGGACAGCUCUGA